GUUUCAUUGUGCACGUUGUGUCCUCAAGCUGCAGCAGAGCGGAGCGGAGCGGCAGCAGCGGAGCAGGCCCGGCCACAAAUCUCGGCUCCGCUCGCCCUUCGAGGCCCGUGUCAGUCGGGACAUGCUGCCGCCGCGCCGCGCGCGAGCGUCCGCGUCCAAAAGGAACGCGAGCACCAGCUGACGGGGAGCUGACUGGAGCAUGCUGCACCCCAUCAGCACAUUGCUUUCUACUUAACGGUGCACGCAUGCACGCGCGAUGAGGGCGGAUCGCUUCCGCUUGGAAUAGCUCUUUUUUCCCCCUUUCUUUUUUCUUUUUCCAUUUGUGUAACUGUCAGACAAGAAGAAAGGCGGCGAGAAGAAGACCCAAAAGGAAGGAAGCAAGGCGCCGCCGCUAUGGGCUGCGUCAAGAGCAAAGAGGACAAAGGUCCCGCCAGCAAGUACGGCACGGACAACACUUUGCCGUCCGACCCAAACGUUGCCGCGGCGACGCCCCACCUGGGCCACUACGGGCCUGAUCCCACCCAGCUACAACCCGGUCUAGCACCCUCCGCCUCCUCCUGUUCCGGAGCCACCAACUUCAACUCUGCUUUCACGCCCUUCGGGGGGUCUUCGGCCGGCAUGACCCCUUUCGGGGGGGCGUCGGCCUUCACCGGCCCUGUGUCCAACUCCUUCACAGGUUCUGUCCCAAGCGGCGUGACCUUCUUCGUGGCGCUGUACGACUACGAAGCUAGAACAUCGGACGACCUGUCGUUCAAGAAAGGCGAUCGCUUCCAGAUCAUCAACAAUACGGAAGGAGACUGGUGGGAAGCUCGCUCUAUCACCAGCGGCAAAAAUGGUUACAUCCCUAGCAACUACGUGGCCCCUGCAGACUCCAUACAGGCGGAAGAGUGGUAUUUUGGUAAAAUGGGCCGGAAAGACGCGGAGAGGUUGCUGCUGAAUCCAGGGAACCAUCGAGGGACGUUCCUGGCGCGAGAAAGUGAAACCACCAAAGGUGCUUUUUCGCUCUCCAUCCGCGACUGGGACGAAAGCAGAGGCGACAAUGUGAAGCACUACAAGAUCCGCAAGCUGGACAGCGGCGGCUACUAUAUCACCACGCGAGCACAGUUUGACACUUUACAGAAGCUGGUCAAACACUACUCGGAGCACGCCGACGGCCUCUGCCACAAGCUGACCAGUGUUUGCCCCACCGUCAAACCUCAGACGCAAGGUCUCGCCAAGGACGCCUGGGAGAUCCCGCGAGAGUCCCUUAGAUUGGAGCUCAAGCUGGGCCAGGGCUGCUUUGGAGAAGUCUGGAUGGGCACGUGGAACGGCACCACCAAAGUGGCCAUCAAGACGCUGAAGCCGGGCACCAUGUCGCCCGAGGCCUUCCUGCAGGAGGCUCAGAUCAUGAAGAAGCUGCGGCACGACAAACUGGUGCCGCUCUACGCCGUCGUCUCCGAGGAGCCCAUCUACAUAGUCACAGAGUACAUGGUCAAAGGCAGCUUACUGGACUUCCUCAAAGAAGGUGACGGAAAGUUCCUGAAGCUUCCCCUGCUGGUGGACAUGGCCGCACAGAUCGCCGACGGCAUGGCGUUCAUCGAAAGGAUGAACUAUAUCCACCGAGACCUGCGGGCCGCCAACAUCCUGGUGGGUGACAACCUGGUGUGCAAGAUUGCAGACUUUGGUCUGGCCAGGUUAAUCGAGGACAACGAGUACACGGCGAGGCAAGGAGCCAAAUUCCCCAUCAAGUGGACGGCACCGGAGGCGGCGCUGUACGGACGCUUCACCAUCAAGUCGGAUGUGUGGUCGUUCGGCAUCUUGAUCACCGAGCUUGUCACUAAAGGCAGAGUGCCCUACCCGGGUAUGGUGAACCGUGAAGUCCUGGAGCAGGUGGAGCGCGGCUACCGCAUGCCAUGCCCGCAGGGCUGCCCCGAGUCGCUGCACGACAUGAUGAAGCUGUGCUGGAAGGAGGAGGCCGACGAGCGGCCCACCUUUGAGUACAUCCAGUCUUUCCUCGAGGACUACUUCACUGCCACGGAGCCCCAGUACCAGCCCGGGGAGAACCUAUAGUAUGGAUUACCACGGUGGGGAGGGGAGGGUGACUGUUAAGUUGGGCAUCAAGUUGCAUAACAUGCCAUGUUUGACAAGGUAGGCGGAUAAAUUAUGCAUCGGAAGCAUCAAUUAUGAAUAAAGCUGGAAUGGAGAGUCCCGCCGGGGACGGACGGCCUUCUGUCCUAGCACGUUGUCCAUACUAGGUGGUUGCUUGCUUUCAGAAUAACUACGCAUUCAAAGGCCUUUCAAAGUCAGACGUGCUCACAAUGGCAACUUUUUCAUUGAAUUGUAUCUUGUUGCUUAUUAAAAAAAAAAAGAAAAAAUGCUGCACAUUCUGACUAAACCUCUUCAACAUAUGAUCGAACCUUGCAGCUAUCUGCAGUACGUGUACGUCAAGACAUGCAAGAUACAUGAACUUGUUUAUGUAGCCAUCGUGGGAAUAACCUUAUUAAGCUUCGAGAUACUUUUUUUCAUGUAAGCUAACUGCAAAUGAUCAUAGGGAAAAACUCACCAUGGGAAUUUGUACAAUAAAGGAAUGAGUUGGA